GGCAAAUAUGUCUCAGACUUCAAGAAGGAGAAGAAGGGUGGCACGCGCUUGUGAUAUAUGCCUUGUGCAAAAGAUCCGCUGCGAUGGUGUUUCGCCUAUAUGUGGCUCGUGUGAGCGACGGAAAGCGCGAUGCUCUUAUAACGGCGAGAAUCCGAAAAAGACCCACGACCGCCGAUAUACUUUUCGACUGAAUGAUCUUGAUUCAAACAACUCAUCUACCAGUGCCCGCCUGCAGCUGCGAAACCAUACUCAUGGCCGGUUUGCAGAUCGCCAGGCACAGGGAGGAAUCGGAGAUGACAAUGUAUGUACUGGCCCAGAGCCAGUAUCUCUGCUGGAAUCCGAGCUGCUGCAACCACUCGCCGAGAGCGAAAACGGAACUACAGCAACAGGUAUAAUUGCGGGGCAUGCUAGUCACUCAACCGAGCAAGAUCAGUUCUUCGGAGACUCGUCCAUCGCGUCCUUCUUGAGGCAGAUUCAGGACUCUGCAGAAAACGAAACUGUUCCUUUUUGCUUGCCGAACAUAGCUACAAGGUCAUUUCCUGUGGCGCCAACACCCAAAGCCGUUGACCUACCGCCACGAGAAUUAGCGGAUUACUUGCUAGGCUGCUAUUAUGAUAAAAUCCACAGUCUAUAUCCGUUUUUCCACCAGCCUGCCUUUGCUCGCGCAUAUAGCGCUCUAUGGGCGCCCGGGCCUACAGAGGAUGUGGAUGACUUUGGAAAACGAAUAGGACUAGGAGACUCAAGUGUGCCCUGGCCCAUAUUUCAUGCCGGACUGAACAUCGUCCUAGCACUAGGCUGCCAAUUCUCCUCAUUGGAUAGGAUGACGCGCGAAGCUACCGCGGAUGCCUUCUUCCAGCGCUCCCAGAGGUUCUUAAAUGGCAUCUCCAUGGAUAAAGGAAGUUUAGCGCUUGUCCAGACACUUUUACUGAUGUCAUCUUAUCUGCAAGGAAGCGAGUCCCCGGCACGAGCGAGCAGCAUGAUGUUGGGUCGCCCGCCCAUGAUCCAAGAUUCGGCGGUCCCUCUCCCAGACGCCGUCGAUGAUGAGGCCCUCGAUCAACCGAACCUAGUUUCCAGAUUGCCACCCACAGCCUUAUCGAGAACAGAAUUUUACGUGCGCACGUUGCAGCUGUAUAAAAUUCUAAGACAAAUCCUGGCAAGGAUCUUUGCGCCCUGGGAAGGUAGACAGGAGAAUCUAGCCGAGCAGCCUCAGGCUGAAAGCAGCCAAGCUAGAAAUGUGAUGGAGCUAGAAGUAGAUUUAUUGGCUUUUAAGUCAGACCUUCCGGCGCAACUGAACUGGCAAAAUGGAGAAAUACCGGCCAAUACCAGUAAGCAAUAUUCGCGAGAAAGUUGCUUGCUAAGAGCGAGAUUUCUGCAGUAUAGAAUUCUUCUCCUGCGCCCUACCUUGAUCAGGCUCUGUCGGCAAAUUCGCGUCUCGCACGCUUCCUCUCUACCGCAAUCGUCUUUGGAGUUGCCAAGCGAGAUAUUUAUGGAUUUCAGGCUCAGCUGCUCUAUUAAUUGCGUCAAGGCGGCCAUCGAGCUGAUACAUCUUAUGAAUGAUACCUCGACAACUGAGCUGGCUAGUGUGUGGUGGUAUAGUGUAUUUUAUACCUUUUCCGCCGGAAUCGUUCUUGCCCUAGCUCGGACAUGCUCCGCUAUCAAAGCUAAGUUUGCAGAGUCGACUCUUCAAAAUUCUUGGAAAAGCUGCUCUGAGUGCCUAGGAAAGAUGAGCUCCCUUACUAAAUCUGCUGAGAUCGGCGGCCAGAGUCUCAACAAGGUUUUGUUCCUCCUUAUGCAGGCUCAGCAUGAUCCGUCUAUCAGCAACCCAGCCGCCGGUCAAGAUCACAGAUCACAGCCCCAGAGCCAGGAUCUCCAUUGCGAAGCGUCAGUGACUGACCUACCUGUGCCUUCUGCGAUGGACUUCGGGGAAGCUCUUGGCUUGGAUGACGAACAGCGCUUUCUCGGUAUGCCGGGCUCGGACAUUUUCACCUAUCUUCUGGGAGAACCAGGUCUAGCUGGGUCAAUGAAUGAAACGAUGAGUGACGAGCUUUGGCCUACGGCACCUUUGUUUCUGUGAAAUCGAGAUAGAUAUUAACAUCGGUGUGGGAGGCUUUAAAGGACGCCUCGGGGAC